AUGGAACAUCAGGAAGUUACCAUUUCAAGAGCUGAGCAUCAGCUGGAACUUGAGAUGCCAGAAGCCUCUAAAGAACUUAAUGUUCCUCCUAAGCUGUUGCAAUUUUCUUGCAAUCAUAUUUGUUCAUUCUCCAAACAAGAGUUUACUAGUACAGAUUUGCAGCAAAGAUCAAAGUUGACAGUGAUGCUUUGUAGGCUGAUAAUUUUCUAUAUAAUGGUCAUGACAGCUGAGAUUGUAGGAGGUGUUAUAGCAAACAGCCUUGCAAUCUUUACUGAUGCAGCCCACUUGCUCAUUGAUGUCGCUGGAUUCUUGAUUUCUCUUUUCGCAGUAUCGGCAUCGGGUUGGGAGGCAACAUCACAACAGUCUUUUGGAUUUAAUCGUCUUGAAGUUUUGGGGGCUCUUUUAUCUGUACAGUUAAUAUGGCUCGUCUCUGGGAUUUUACUUUAUGCAGCAGUUGACAGAAUUCUUCAUGAUGAAGCGAAGGUGAAAGGAAAACUCAUGUUUGCAACUGCCGCAUUUGGGUUCAUAAUAAACUUAAUUAUGGUUGUGUGGCUUGGUCAUGGCCAUUCUCAUCACAUAUGCACUGACAAAGAUCAUGAUCAUGAUGUGAACGACCAUCAUCAAGCAUGCAACGAAAAAGAUCAUGAUCAUGAAAAGAAGGAGUUAUCUGCCAGGAAUGAAGAAGAGAGUGCAUCUCUGGUGUCAAGUUUCUCUGAGGAGUCCCAAACUUUAAACAUUAAUCUCCAAGGAGCUUACUUGCAUGUCAUUGUUGAUCUGAUUCAAUCUGUUGGCGUCAUGAUUGCUGGAGCCAUCAUAUGGGUAAAACCAGAAUGGUUGGUGGUUGAUCUGGUCUGCACUAUCAUCUUUUCCCUGUUUGCUUUAAGUGCUACUAUACCCAUGCUUAUAACCAUAUUUAGCAUAUUGAUGGAGAGGACACCAAAUGAGAUUGAUGUUGCUCAUCUUGAACAUGGUUUGAAUGGUAUCAAAGGGCUUCAUGAUGUUCAUGACUUGCAUGUUUGGGCGAUCACUGCAGCAAAAAUUGUAUUGGCUUGCCAUGUAGUAAUUGAGCCCGAAGUCAACUCAAAUGAGAUUCUUCAUAAGGAAAGCUACCAGCAGACUUCAUCUGAAAUUGGUGGCACAUUCUCUUCCCUCUUGUUGAGGAAAGGUUCCCCAGAGGCGGCAUAUGCUAAGAUCCUAUCAACCCGAAGAUUCAUGUGGAGGCUUAUAUGGUAA